AUGAUGUCGUACCUGAAAGUUAUGAUCAUAUGGAACAUACUAUGCUUAUCCCUGGUGGUCCUUUCACUGUCCUUGAUUCCAGAGGUGUCUUCUCAAGAUGUAUCGAGCUGUACAGGGAGAUGUGGGGCAGGGUAUUCUAGAGAGCAUGACUGCCAGUGUGAUUUUAACUGUCACCACUACAUGGAGUGCUGCCCUGACUUCAGGAAAGUCUGCACAGUGGCCGCCUCCUGCGAGGGACGCUGCUUCGAAGCCUUCGAGAGGGGCAGGGAGUGUGACUGCGAUGCCGACUGCGAGCGCUACGGAAAAUGCUGCCCAGACUACGCCAAGCACUGUAAAGAGGCACACACAGAAAAGCCAACCCCAGAGACUCCUCCAGACAACAAAUCAACAUCUAAAAGGUCCUCCACAGAUGAGGAAGAGUCACCAGAGGAAGCUGUGGAAGAUCCUGAAAUCCAAGUGACCACUCCUGCCCCAACCACAGAACCUGCAGAGACAACCCCUGAGGCCACAGAGGAACCAGCGACCGAAGCGGAGCCUCCCACUCCAGAUACAGCAGAAGAUGUGACCCCUGAUGCCACAGAGGAGCCACCGACUGAAAUGGACCCAACCGACCUCCCCCCAACGCAAGACCCAACCCCUGAUGCCACCGAGGCAGCAGCAACCGACAGCGAGGCUCCCACCAGCCCCACGCCUGAGGAGACAACCCCAGAAGAACCAACAACACCAGCACCAGAGGAGACAACCCCAGAAGAACCAACAACCCCACCACCAGAGGAGACAACCCCAGAAGAACCAACAACACCAGCACCAGAGGAGACAACCCCAGAAGAACCAACAACACCAGCACCAGAGGAGACAACCCCAGAAGAACCAACAACACCAGCACCAGAGGAGACAACCCCAGAAGAACCGACAACACCAGCACCAGAGGAGACAACCCCAGAAGAACCGACAACACCAGCACCAGAGGAGACAACUCCAGAGGAGCCGACAACUCCAGCACCAGAGGAGACAACUCCAGAGGAGCCGACAACUCCAGCACCAGAGGAGACAACUCCAGAGGAGCCGACAACUCCAGCACCAGAGGAGACAACUCCAGAGGAGCCGACAACUCCAGCACCAGAGGAGACAACCCCAGAAGAACCGACAACACCAGCACCAGAGGAGACAACCCCAGAAGAACCGACAACACCAGCACCAGAGGAGACAACCCCAGAAGAACCGACAACACCAGCACCAGAGGAGACAACCCCAGAAGAACCGACAACACCAGCACCAGAGGAGACAACCCCAGAAGAACCGACAACACCAGCACCAGAGGAGACAACCCCAGAAGAACCGACAACACCAGCACCAGAGGAGACAACCCCAGAAGAACCGACAACACCAGCACCAGAGGAGACAACCCCAGAAGAACCGACAACACCAGCACCAGAGGAGACAACCCCAGAGGAGCCGACAACACCAGCACCAGAGGAGACAACCCCAGAGGAGCCGACAACACCAGCACCAGAGGAGACAACCCCAGAGGAACCGACAACACCAGCACCAGAGGAGACAACCCCAGAAGAACCGACAACACCAGCACCAGAGGAGACAACCCCAGAGGAACCGACAACACCAGCACCAGAGGAGACAACCCCAGAGGAACCGACAACACCAGCACCAGAGGAGACAACCCCAGAGGAACCGACAACACCAGCACCAGAGGAGACAACCCCAGAGGAACCGACAACACCAGCACCAGAGGAGACAACCCCAGAGGAACCGACAACACCAGCACCAGAGGAGACAACCCCAGAGGAGCCGACAACUCCAGCACCAGAGGAGACAACCCCAGAGGAGCCGACAACUCCAGCACCAGAGGAGACAACCCCAGAGGAGCCGACAACUCCAGCACCAGAGGAGACAACCCCAGAGGAGCCGACAACUCCAGCACCAGAGGAGACAACCCCAGAGGAGCCGACAACUCCAGCACCAGAGGAGACAACCCCAGAGGAGCCGACAACUCCAGCACCAGAGGAGACAACCCCAGAGGAGCCGACAACUCCAGCACCAGAGGAGACAACCCCAGAGGAGCCGACAACACCAGCACCAGAGGAGACAACCCCAGAGGAGCCGACAACACCAGCACCAGAGGAGACAACCCCAGAGGAGCCGACAACUCCAGCACCAGAGGAGACAACCCCAGAGGAGCCGACAACUCCAGCACCAGAGGAGACAACCCCAGAAGAACCAACAACACCAGCACCAGAGGAGACAACUCCAGAAGAACCAACAACCCCCACACCAGAGGAGACAACCCCAGAGGAGCCGACAACACCAGCACCAGAGGAGACAACCCCAGAAGAACCAACAACACCAGCACCAGAGGAGACAACCCCAGAAGAACCGACAACACCAGCACCAGAGGAGACAACCCCAGAAGAACCAACAACACCAGCACCAGAGGAGACAACCCCAGAAGAACCAACAACACCAGCACCAGAGGAGACAACCCCAGAGGAGCCGACAACCCCCACACCAGAGGAGCCGACAACCCCCCCACCAGAGGAGCCGACCCCAGAGGAGCCGACAACACCUACACCAGAGGAGACGACAACACCAACACCAGAGGAGACGACCCCAGAGGAGCCGACAACACCAGCACCAGAGGAGACGACCCCAGAGGAGCCGACAACACCAGCACCAGAGGAGCCGACCCCAGAGGAGCCGACAACACCAGCACCAGAGGAGCCGACCCCAGAGGAGCCGACAACACCAACACCAGAAGAGACGACCCCAGAGGAGCCGACAACGCCAGCACCAGAGGAGCCAACAACGCCAGCACCAGAAGAGACAACCCCAGAAGAACCAACCACACCAACACCUGAUGAGACAACCCCCCCACCAGAGGAGCCCACAACACCACCACCAGAGGAGCCCACCACCCCCAAACCAGAGGAGACCACCCCCGAGGAGCCAACAACACCAACACCAGAGGAGCCCACCACCCCCAAACCAGAGGAGACAACCCCAGAGGAGCCCACAACCCCAGAGGAACCCACAACUCCUAAACCAGAAGAGUCAACCCCAGAAGAACCAACAACUCCUAAAGCAGAGGAGCCCACAACUCCUAAAGAGCCCACAACUCCUAAAGCAGAGGAGACCACCCCAGAGGAGCCCACAACUCCUAAAGCAGAGGAGCCCACUCCAGAGGAGCCCACAACUCCUAAAGCAGAAGAGACCACCCCAGAGGAGCCCAUAACUCCUAAAGCAGAGGAGACCACCCCAGAGGAGCCCACAACUCCUAAAGCAGAGGAGACCACCCCAGAGGAGCCCACAACCCCAGAGGAGCCCACAACUCCUAAACCAGAAGAGUCAACCCCAGAAGAACCAACAACUCCUAAAGCAGAGGAGCCCACAACUCCUAAAGCAGAAGAGACCACCCCAGAGGAGCCCACAACUCCUAAAGCAGAAGAGACCACCCCAGAGGAGCCCACAACUCCUAAAGCAGAAGAGCCCACAACUCCUAAAGCAGAAGAGACCACCCCAGAGGAGCCCACAACUCCUAAAGCAGAGGAGCCCACUCCAGAGGAGCCCACAACUCCUAAAGCAGAAGAGACCACCCCAGAGGAGCCCACAACUCCUAAAGCAGAAGAGACCACCCCAGAGGAGCCCACAACUCCUAAAGCAGAGGAGACAACUCCAGAGGAGCCCACAACUCCUAAAGCAGAGGAGACCACCCCAGAGGAGCCCACAACUCCUAAAGCAGAGGAGACCACCCCAGAGGAGCCCACAACUCCUAAAGCAGAGGAGACAACCCCAGAGGAGCCCACAACUCCUAAACCAGAAGAGCCAACUCCUAAACCAGUAGAAACAACCCCAGGGGAGGCGACAACUCCCAAACCAGAGGAGACAACUCCAGAGGGGCCAACAACUCCUAAACCAGAAAAGACAACCCCAGAGGAGCCAACCACCUUGCCAACAAUGGCAGACUCUCCUACUACCCCAAAACCUGAAGAAACAACCCCAGAAGAGCCAACCACCAAGGCAGACACUCCCACCACCCCUGAAGCAGAGGAUGCUGACUCCCCAACCACCCCUGCAGCCCCUGAGGCCAGUAAAGCCACAGCUUCUCCGAGUAGUGCUGCACCCACAACAGUUGGGAAGGAUUCCCCCACAACUGGGGCAGGGACAAUGCUUUCAGAUACCACAAUGGAGAUCAAGGAGACAACAACACCAAAGAAAGACAGAACUACUCUUCUUAAAGACAUUUUCACAGCUGCAACUGGGAAAGACACAGUUACUGUAGCUAUGGUGACAACAGCUAAACCAGGUGAUUCUCCUAAAGGUAUGGAUGAUGUUCCAAACGCAGCUCCUAUGGCCAAGGAACCUGUCACUGCAGCAGCUGAAUCAGAAACAACUUCUACAGACACCAAGACUGCAACAACAGCAGCCACAGCUCCCUUGCCCAGUCACACUGUGCUGGUAACAACCAUCGAGGAAGAUUCAACUCCUCAGCCUAGUGAGGCUGUAACACCAAAAGAAAAAGAGACAACUACUGACACUGAGCAGGCUGGGCCAGCAGCAGACAAAGAGAGCCCAGGUGCUGCUUGUGUUAUUGUGGAGAUGACAACAGCCGGUAAAAAAGAGGAAACAACCAUUCAAGAAAUGGGCACCACACCUGGAAAAGAAAUGGAAGAUGUCACUGAAAAGGCCCCUGGUACUGCCAAAGAAGAGGUAACUACAGUUACCAAAGAAACCACAACAAGGGAUAAAAAGGACACAAUAGAAGAAAUGUAUCUUGUGUCUAAUGGGACAUCCAAGCCAACAAUACAUUUCCAGGAGGUCACUGAGGCCUUAGAAGAACCUCAUCCAACUGAACCUGAAACUCUGCCAGGAAAAGAAGAGCCCGAGAUAAACAAGCCUUUAAUACAAGUUGGGGACCUGCCAAUGUUCCCUGGAGAAACACCAGAGAGGAACGACGAGAAGGACCUGUGCAGCGGCAAGCCAGCGGACGGCAUGGUGGCCCUGCCCAAUGGCACCCUGGCCGUCUUCCGAGGCCACUAUUAUUGGCUGCUAAACGGCCGGAGUCCACCGACCACAAACCCCCGCCGGAUCACCGACGGCUGGGGCAUCCCCUCGCCCAUCGACUCCGUCUUCUCCAGGUGCAACUGCGACGGAAAAACCUUCUUCGUCAAGGGUCCCCUGUACUGGCGCUUCACUAAUGGCGUUAUGGAUAAUGGCUAUCCCAAACCUCUCGCAACUGGAUUUGCAGGGCUAAGUGGGAGAAUAGUAGCAACCCUCCCUGUGGCAAGAUACAACACCAGACCAGAAUCUGUUUAUUUUAUCAAAAGAGAUGGGAACAUGCAGCAGUAUGUGUACAGACAAGAGCCAGCCAAGAAGUGUCAAAGAAGAGCCCAGGUCACCAUCAGAUACCCAGCCUUUGUCCCCAGAGUUGUCAUCCGGCGGCGCUUCCAGCGCGCUGUGCGAAUGCCGACCGUCAUCCGCACCGUCAGGAUCAACCCCCACCCUUCUGGAGUUCUGCGCAAGGAAGUCCAAAUGACAACGUACUGGAGAGGGCUGCCCAAGGUUGUCCACUCAACUCUCUCCAUACCCAACCAGAACAAGCCCGAUGGCUACGACUACUAUGCCUUCUCUUACAAUCGGUACUACAGUUUGGAUAUUGGCAAAAGAAUAGCACGGCCUGUUACUGCUCUUACAGGAAAGACUGUAACCAAAGACUGGUACAACUGUCCCAGCAAGUGA